AUGUUCGACUACCAGUUCUCGUUCUCGUACAGUUUGCUUCAUGACUUCCAGCCGAACCCCAAGUACUACACGUGUUCGAAUGACUCCUACGUCAUCAGUGUGAAGCAUCCGAUGCUCGGAGCCUACUACCUCGUCAGCGGCAUCAUCCUCAUCGUUCUCUACUCGAUAUGCACAGUGGCGAUUGCAAAGAGUGAGUUCAUGCGGACGCCCGCCUACAAAAUCAUGUUGGUUCUCGCCGUUUAUGACAUUUUCUCCCUGCUGAUCAACUCGAUCGUCACCGGCGUGUUCGGAAUCCUCGGCUCCACCUUCUGCGACAACCGAAUGCUCUUCUUCACACUCGGCGCGUUCGCCCUCUGGACGUGGCUCGGCAGUUGUCUCACUUGCAUCGUUUUGGCCGUCAAUCGCUGCUGUGACCUGAAUCCGCACCUCAAGUUGUGGAUCUUCUUCGACGGCAACCGCAUCUACGUCUUCAUCGUCAUCCUCAUCUUGUACGGAUUCUACGGAUUCCUCUUCUCAAAGCCAAUCAUCUUUCACUCAAUGUACAUGUCCUGGUUUUUCGAUCCGUUAAUCGGAACAGACGUACGUUUCUUGUCGUUUUCUCGGAAGAUGUUUGAUUUCAGCCAAGUCUAUACUCGAACUACCUCCAAGCCACCAACAACAUUAUCGUCUCGAUUUCCUCCGUCUGCCUCUACUUUUGCAUCUGCGUCUCUGUCGUCCAAAAGUCGCGAAUCGGCGAUCCGCACUCGGCAAAGUUCACCAAAACCCAAAAACAAGUGAGAGCACUGAUUGUGGAUCGAUGAAAACGGUUCAAACUUUUCAGAUAAUACUUCAAUCCGUCCUCAUCUCGUUUUGUCACACAUUCGCCACGUUCAUCUACAUGUACAUGCAGUUCUUCCCGUUUCCGCCAUUUCUCAUUCAUGUCGCUCAACUCGGAUGGCAGUUUUGCAACAGUUUGUUCGACAAUUGCGUCAAACUCCCGACACUUCUCCAUCACAGGUUCCGUGUGCAUAAUAUAUCUGACGGUGAACCGGACGAUUCGAACGUCUGUCAUUUGCAUGUUUUGGCCGGAUUACGCGAAAAGUCAAGCGAUUGUUUCGCACAUUUCCGGCGAACCAACACGAUGAUUGGGCGCUCGGUUUGCAUAAAGCAGACUUGCAACGGGCCGGGCCGGGAGGAUGCACCUAAAAAUUCAAAGCGACCGCCGUUUUCUUCAAGCACUUUGUCUUCGUCCAUUUUUACCCACCAAACUUUGAAAACGGUCUACGUUAUCGUCGUUUUGCUUCAAUUUCGAAGAUUCAUUGUAAAAACCAGCAGAAAUAGAAAAAAAGACGAAAAAGGCAAUGUUAUAGCAUAAAAACCUGUUAAAAAAUAGAAAUUGCUGUUUAAAGUCGCAAAAUUUUCACAAAAAUUACGAAAAUUUUCUCAAGAGUGGGCGGAGCGAUUGAUUGCAACUCUGGCACGCCAUUUUAGCAAUUUUGCCGCACGCGUUUUCCUCUUCCUUCAUAUUUUUUUGCAUAUUUUUUUUGAGGUCUAACUUCCGGGCCGAUGAUUUGCUGGCCCGGCCCGGCCAAAACCGGGCCGGGCCGGCCCGGGAUUUGGCAAGUCUGGCAUAAAGCGUAGCAGACGUUCAUCUUCUAUGACAACUUCACUCCACUUACCCGGCUAAUCGGUUCGCUCUCGUCAUCAUUGCACUUUCCGUCCAUUCCAACCACAAUAUUAUUAAUUCUAGCUGUUCAAAGAGCUGUCAUGCUUACGUUGAACAGGUAUAACUUCAGUCUCAACAAUCCUAUCGCCUAAAAACGCGUUGCUAAAACUGGUGUGUAUGUUUGCUAUACUAUAUUCCCAAAUGACUGACUAUCUACCCUAAAUGAAUUGUUUUCCAUCUAUUUCGUACAAUAAACCUGACACUUCUUGUUCUGACAAUGGCGGUUAAAACGUUUAACGAUUUCGAGAUGUCGCUCUCGUCUAUGAUUCUAAACGGUUUCGAGUUGAAUUCGGACUAUUAUCAAUGUCCCGAUGAUGCCACUUUACGGCCAGUGGGAGUUGAAAGACCCUUCUGGGGCGUAUAUUUCUUUAUCAGCGGCGUUGUCAUACUGGUUUGUCGCAUUUUUCUCCUCAAUAGAGAAACUCUUUGCAGCUCCUUUACGUGCCAUGUCUAAUUGCCAUCGCAACCAGUGAUUACAUGGGAUCUCCCGCCUACAAAACAAUGCUAGUCCUCGGCUUCUACGACAUCUCCUCUGUAUUCGUCCACUCGCUCGCCACCGGCAUCCUCGGAUUCUUCGGAAUCGCAUUCUGCGACUAUCCGCGUCUGAUCUUCGUGCUCGGCUCCGUCGGACUGGGCUCCUGGAUGGGCUGCUGCAUCUCCAGCAUCGUCCUCGCACUCAUUCGAAUCUGUGACGUCAGCCAACAAAUACCAAUGCGAAUAUGCUUUGAGGGAAAACGUAUUUACGCGUUUCUCUUUGUUUUCUGGGCGUACGGCUUCUACGCCGGCUUCCUGACUAAACCGGUCCUUUUUUCCUCGAGAGAAUUGUCGUGGUUUUUCGAUCCGGAAGUUGGCAAGAGUCCGGAGAUGUACGUGAGCCUGGCGCACACCUCCAACAAUAUAAUCAUGACUGUCGGGACCGUCAUCUUCUACGCCUACCUAUACUAUCUGAUUGUGAAAAAAACUAGCCUAAAUGCUAGUAACAAACUCUCGAAGACCCAAAUUACGGUCCUCAAACAGCUACCGAGCAGCGAUUCAUUCAUUCAACAAAACGUUUCAGAUUCUCCUCCAAACUGUUUUGUUCUGCAUUUUUCACACCAUCGCCGCCAUAAUUUACGUAUACAUGCAGUUCUUUUCGACGCAAAACUACCUGGUUUUGACCGGACAAAUCGCGUGGCAAAGUAGCAGUGGUGAGUUCUGGAAAAGCUCGGUGAAACUUCAACUAAUAAACAAGUGAAACGUUUAGCAUCGGUGUGCCUGGUGUACUUGAUUCUGAACCGAACAAUCCGAAACUCGGUAAUUCGUCUCGUUUGUCCGAGAUCGUGCGCAUAUGGAAAUCAGGUGUCGACUAUUGCAUCGAUGGACAGUCGAGCGCAAGGCUUGACAAUUUGA